AUGGAUAAACACACCGCACAACGUCCGUCGCAGCUGUCGCGACGCACAGAUGGUAUAGGAUUAUCCAAAUUUCUGUUCAAUUUGGAUGCUGAUUCUAGCCCGAUUUCCAUGAGCGAUAUUAUGAAAGAUGACACAACCUCGGCCGAAGGAUUGUGGAAAAUGUACCACCGAGCCAAGGAGUCGCUCCCGUACAAGCUGCGCAUAGAGAAUCUCGCGUGGCGAAUGAUGCAUGCUCGAGGAUCAGAAUCUCCAGAACAAAGUAUACUGAGUCUGUCACCCGCGGCCGAUUAUGAUUCCAAUCCUCAAAUGGGACCAUCUGAACUGACUUCGGCUUCGGCGGUUGAUGAUUUUGAUUACGUGGCGCACAUUCGUAAGAUGGGCCAGGAAGAAGAAGAGAUGUCUCGAAAGCGGCCGGCUCCGUUUUCACCACAGAUCGUGGCCCACACGCCUCAGAGUAAUCAUAGCAUCCACCCAGCCCAGGCACACCAGCCCACCAUCCAUUCCAACUUGUCGGCGGCGCUCCGAGACCAACCAGUGACCCACCAAGAUGACCUUGGCGCUUCUGCGUUUAGCUUUUCUCUCGAUCCACUCGCAUUCGAAGGUCCUGGAGUCCAGGAUUCCGACUUCGACUCGGUCCACCCACAUUCGCUUCCCGCUACGGCACCACCAUCGCACUUUAUGUCGUCGUCGUUCACCAUGGGCCCAUCUUCAAUGCUUAAUAAUUGGGACAAUCCUUCUCAGCAGCAUCCUCACUUGGUGCGCCAGGAUAAUUCACUAAUGAGUCUUCCAGACCACUUUGACCGAUCUCAUUCCAACACCCCGGUUUCAAUGCCUCAAUCGUACGCUUCGUCGCUCGCAUCGGAUAUCACCGCACAAACUUCCCUUCCGUACCAGAUCCAGCAUGCUAAUUCUUUCACAUCACCAACAUCGGCUCGAAAAGGUUUUGACACCGUAGGUCCUGUGUCUUCGUCACUUGCAGGAUACUUCGACAGCUGGUCCGGUUCUGUGUCUGGUUCUGUACCAGGUUCCAUAUCGGGUUCCAUAUCUGGUUCCAUGCAACCGAUUAAUACCUCCCAAACCACUCGUAGCAAUAACGUUACCCCAACCGACCAAACCUCGAGUCUUCCUUCCAUGAGUCCCUACGAUACCAAUGCCAAAAGCAAGAAAAAACCACCCAAGAAAAAGCAAGCCGUUUCCACUAAUCCUUCAUCCCCGGCUGUGUCAGGUAAACCGGGUCUGGAUUCGGUAUCUUGCACCAAUUGUCAUACUCGAACAACUCCACUUUGGCGGCGUAAUCCUCAAGGACAACCCUUGUGCAAUGCGUGUGGUCUCUUUCUCAAAUUACAUGGCGUUGUACGUCCUUUAAGUCUUAAAACUGAUGUUAUCAAAAAACGUCAACGAGGACUGGGAUCUACCACCAAAAAACCCACAUCUACACCAUCGAAAGAUGGCGAUGAUUUAAACCCAACCUCACAUGUGAAGGAUGAACGCAGGAAGUCUAAUGCCAGAAGCAUGCUGAAACCCAUUAGUACUGAAAAAUCGGUUCCUUCACCAUUUCCUCUCAACUCACACGAACUCGAUCCCAUAGAAGAAGUUGAGAAAGACAAAUCAUUCCAGCCUCAUCUUGUACACGAUGACUUGAUGAAUGGCCAAGACGAUCGGAACGGUAACAAUGGCAAUUGGGACUGGCUCCGAUUGACGUUGUGA